AUUCUCUCCAUGAAGCUUAGGAGGGGUCAAAUUAAUAACACACUAAAGAACAAAACAUAGUCACAUACCGAACUGAACUCUGUGAUUUCAAGGGGAAUGAAAGAGUAUGAGAGGGUUCUCCUCUCUAGCUUCAAGGGCUUCUUCACCUGCUUUCACAAAUCUCUCUAAACAAAACCACAAUUCCCUCAGACCCAUUACUCCAAAACCCUCAAAUCUUGACUCUGUUGCGACCACUAGCAGCACCACCACUGAACAAACUUCACCCGGUAAGUCUUCAUUGAACUGGCGUUCCAACACUUCAAUUGCAGCUAAAAAACGGAACUUUCAAGGAAGUGGUAUUGAUUACGAGUAUUUUACUCAGAUUCUUGCAAGAAAUGACUGGUAUUUAUUGCUAAACCAUGAGUAUAAAGCCAAGAGGGUUACUUUGAAUCAGCAAGCAGUUGUUAGUAUUCUGCAUAAUCAAGAAAAUCCAUUACACCCUUUUAGAUUUUACAUCUGGAUUUCGAAUAUUUGUCCCUCUUUUGCCAAGAAUCAAUCAGUUAAGGGGGUCUUAGGUAAUUUACUUUGUAGAAGAGGUCCCCUUUUGUUGUCAGCUGAGCUAGUUCAGGAUAUCAGAAACUCUGGAAAUGUAAUUACUGUGGAUUUGCUUUGUGUUCUGAUUGGUAGUUGGGGGAGAUUAGGGUUGGGGAAGUACUGUGCUGACAUAUUGGAGCAGGUUUCUUAUUUGGGACUCACUCCUACUACUAGGUUGUAUAAUGCAGUGAUCGAUGCGGUGAUCAAGUCCAAUUCACUUGACUUAGCUUAUCUAAAGUUUCAGCAAAUGCAGGUGGAUAAUUGUAAUCCGGAUAGGUUUACGUAUAAUAUUCUCAUUCAUGGAGUUUGUAAGGUUGGGGUUGUGGAGGAAGCGCUUCGUCUGGUUAAACAGAUGGAAGGAGCGGGAUACUCUCCCAAUGUGUUUACUUACACCAUUUUGGUUGAUGGGUUUUGUAAUGCUAGAAGGGUGGACGAGGCUUUUGAACUCUUCCGGAUAAUGAAGGAUAGGACUAUUGUUCCUACUGAAGCUACUGUAAGAUCAUUGGUUAAUGGGGUAUUUCGUUGUAUGCCACCAGAUAAGGGUUUUGAAUUAUUAUCUAGAUGGUUAGAGAAAGAAUCUGCCUUGCCUGAUAUAGCUUUUUCUUCCAUGCUACAUUGCCUUAGUACUAAUUCUUUGCCAACAGAAGCAGCCCAACUUUUAAGAAUAUCAAUUGAUAAAGGUUACGUCCUGGAUAAUUCAACUAUUAACAUUGUACUGACUUGUUUAAUCAAAGGAUUAGAGCUUGAUGAUACUUGUCAGAUGUUAGACUUUAUCACUGUUCGAGGUAUGAAGGUUAGUAUUGAUAUAUAUCUUGCACUUGUUGAUGUUCUUUACAAAGCAGGGAAAGUAGAAAAGGGGAAUGAAUAUUUGUUCCACAUGUUUAAGGAUGGUUUUGUAUCUAACACAUUCUUCUAUAACCGGGUCAUUGAUUGCUUAUGCAAAAUCAAAAUGAUGGACAAAGCAUCAGAGUCUUUUAAAGACAUGCUUCAGAGAGGUCUCGCUCCCAAUCUUGUAACUUUCAACACUCUUAUUAGUGGACAUUCUAAGGUAGGGGAGAUUGACAAGGUACGUGAGCUAUUAGUCAUGUUACUGGAACAUGGUUUUCGACCAGACAUUUUCACGUUUAGUUCACUGAUUUACAGCCUUUGUAGAGUAAACCGGAUUGACGAUGCUUUAGACUGUUUCACUGAGAUGGUAGAAUGGGGAGUUGCUCCAAAUGCUGUUACGUACAAUAUCUUAAUUCGUGCACUCUGUGUCCUGGGAGAUGUUGGUGGAUCGCUGAACUUAUUAAGAAAAAUGCAAGAUGAUGGAAUAAAAGCAGAUGUUUUCUCCUUCAAUGCCUUAAUUCAAAGUUUUUGUAGGAUGAAUAAGAUUGACGAGGCACAAAGGCUUCUUGUAAGCAUGUUGACGCUGGAUUUGAGCCCUGAUAAUCAUACUUACGGUGCAUUUAUUAGGGCCUUAUGUAACUUGGGGAGAUUUGAUGAAGCUAAGAACUUGUUUUUGUCAAUGGAAGCAAAUGGAUGCAUCCCCGACGCUUCCACAUGUAAAUUAUAUUUUGAUUCAAUUGUUCAAUCAGGAUGUAGUGAAGAAGCUCGGGAUGUUUUAAGGGAGUGCAGGGAAAAGGGGAUGCUAUUGGAACCCGUUACUGCUUCAUAGUAUCUUUUCUUUAGGAUUGAUUAUCACUUGAUGCUGACAACCUAUGCUGCUCCUUAGCCCACCAUGGACAUAAGCUAUUGACUCAACAAGCUGGGUUCUACACAAUAAUUUUGGAGACAAAUGUACUAUAGGUAUGACUGUUUUCUUGAUAAGUUACUAUAGGUUUGAUGUUAUGAUCUCCUCUAUGUCUCUGAUCUUUUCCUCGUUUUCUUCUACUUCUUUUGUUGCCGUAUACGCUUUUAUUUUUGAUAAAUAUGUGUGUUUGAUUUCUAAGUUGUUUAUUAUUUUGGUGUUUUUCUGGUUGAUACUUGACAGUGAAAAGCCUAUGGCUAAUUAAAGCAUAACUUCUUCCAAUCUUUGCUCCUUUGGUCACUAUAUUUGCAAUUAUAAAUCCCUAAUGGUAAAAGAUGCUAAGGAGGCAAGAAGGAUAAAAAGAAUUACUAGACAGACAGGAGGUUAAAUCUGAUUCCUUUCCCGAAAACGAUUUUCAAAAUGUCUUGAGAGGGAAAAGUGGGAUUUGGUUAUAAUAUAGUGCCAGUCUAAUGGACUAGAAAUUGACAAGUGUAUAAAGUAAAGGCGCUACUCUAUGACUCCUGAUGAUCGGAUGUUGACUUUUGUGAUCGUUUUGUGGUCAUAAAUUUUCCUAUUUAAUUGACAGAAUAAAAAUAGAAAGAUGUCACAAGACUUUCUCAAUAGACAAAUAUCUGAGUAUUCUGUUGAGAAAGGUAUUUUCUCUUGUUUUUAAUGUUAUUAUGGUAUGCAAUUAGGUGUGACCUAUUACUACUAAGCAGCAGUUCUGAAUUUAAUGUUAGUUGAAGCAUCCAAUAUAACUUGUCAACUGCGAAAAUUGUACGUUGGGCUUAAUUUGUAACAGAACUGCUUUAUUCUUCUUUGUUUCGGUGAAAUAUAAACAGCAUUAGUCAGAGAUGGCAUAUGCAAUCAUCUUAGUGGAGUCAUCAGGGAUUUUGAAAUAUAGCAGUCACGUUUUGCUGUCAGAGCUAAAUUUCAGGACUGCUCAGGAUGUGUUGGCAUGAAAAAAUAAUUCUAGACUUCUUAAGACCAUAUUCGUGAGGAAUAGACUUCUUAAGGUUAAUUUGAUUUUGGCCAGGAAUGGCAGUCAGAUAGGAUUGGGCUUGCUGUGAGGUGUAGAGAUACUCCGAAAGUUGAAUUAUCUAAUGUGUUCUCCAUCAUGACAGCUAAAAAGACUACAAUUGCUGAAUUACUUAUAAGUGCAGUGGACCCAAUCAUUUGACGUAUCUCUUAGUAAUACAAUUAGGAUUAGAAUGAAUGAUGUAGAAGAGUUCUUACUGAACACUAAUUGGCGAUUCUGAUAAGUUAAUAUGGAAUAUCUGAUAAAAAAGAUUCUGAUAAGUUAAUAUGGAAUGGAUCCACAAGAAGCUUUUCAGUGAAGUCAUACUAUAACAUUUUACUUAAUGGGGAUGGGUCAAACCCGAUAUUGUUGUCGUUAUGGAAGUCCAAGGCACCUAAUAGUGUUGCUUCUUCGCAUUGAGUGCAGCGUCAGGUUCCACCUUGGCAGCCAACAAUUUGAGGAGGCCAAGAGUUUCAGUGAGCUGUGUUGUAUGUAUAACGCUCAUGAAGAGGAUGUUGAUCACCUCAUUCAGCAUUGUAUUUUUUUUUUCAUCCUAUAUAUCAAAGAAUUUCAUCAGUUGAAUAUGCCAAACUUUUUAGAAGAAUGUGCAUGAAUGGGUGACUCAACCAAUUUUAGCAAAUAAGGAGUCUCAAUCAUCCUUUGCUACAGUAAUUUUUUCUUUACACACCAAAUAGAAGUACACGAAACAAAAAUGAUUUUUAUGCUACUAUUAUUUAUUUCAAUAUUCUGGAAAGUCGUCUUACAGUGAUGUUUUCUUUUCCUUUUCGAAAUACGAAGAAGUGCCUGUGGAACUACUGUCAGUAGUACACUCAAUUACUUCUUGUGAAUGUUUAAAUAAAGAAGAAAAGAUUACUCUGUGAUUUUUUGAAUAUUCCUAUGUCCGACUAGUAAGAAGCUGUUGAGAGCUAGGUUUCCUGAAUGUACAUCUUCCUAGCCGGUCCUAAAUUGAUGAACAAAGAAGCAUCCAGGUAUACUCAACUCUCUAGAUCCCUUAACAUUUUGUUUGAACCUUUGUUUAAACAACCAAUGCUUUGAUCAUUUAAUUAAAUUUUUGCCGUCAGCCCAUGUUUAAUAUUGUGCUGGCAAAAGCAGGCAUUUUAGUCGGUUUUACCUACGUUUUGUUUAAUAUUUCAUGGGUUAACCCAAUAACUGUGGCAGAGGCAAUGCUUAUUGGAGGACAAGAUGGACACAAGGAAAUAAGACAGGCUAUGCAAUUUCCAUACAAUUUGGGAAAAAAGGUUUAGUACAAUGUUUGAAGGAUUAAAACUCCAUAGGUUAAGGUUAUGUUCCGUUUGUAUCUAAUCUCUAUUUUAGGUGUAACAAGGAUUCUCCCGUUUGCACAGAUAGUUGGCUUGAUUUGAGGAUUUUUAAUUACGCUGUACUAUUAUAUAAUGUUUGUAGAGCCAUUAUUAAAAAAAAGGAGAAAAGAAUCAUAUAAUGUUCGCAGAGCACCCAAAGGUGACCUAGCCGUCAAUGAAGUUGGAAUGGACUCAAAUUCCAGCGGAGGCAAAAAGAGUUAGGUGAUUUCUUCCCUUCUAUUUAAGUAGUGGUGGACAGAGUUACCCAAUAAUUUUUACUAGUGAGAAGUAGCAGGUACCUGGUGAAUUAGUCGAGAUGCACGCGGAUUUGACUUGGACUCCAUUGUCAUAAAUUUUUUCUAUAGCACUUUCAUUGUGUGUAUCAAUUGCAUAAUUUUGAAAAUAAAAGAAUUGUUGUAGUUUGGGGAUUUGGUUGAAGUCCGACAAUACUUUUGGUGGUUUCAAUUGGACAACAUUGUCCAUGUACAAUAUUUGUGCAAUUGGAGAUUUUCUAAUAAUGGUGAACUAGCAGAAAUGAUAGGUGCAUAUGUGUGAAGUGUGAUUCCCAGUUGUAGUUCAUGCUUUUAGUUUCUCGGGCUUAACAAUUUCUUAAACCACAAGACUUACAUUAUUGAUUAAACAUUGUUAGAUCUGAGAUGGUAUUCUGUAGCUAUCACAAAUGUUAGGUACAGUGUGGAAGAUAUGUUUCACAGGCACUCCAAAUCUCAUGGCUACACAUGAACACCCUAUACUUUUAGGAAAUUUCUGCAACACCUCUGAGUCUUUGGUUUCCAAGGACCUUCAAUCUUUUAGCUAUUGAUAAUGUUAUAGAAAGCAUUGUUUUAGAUUCUCCUAGUAGAAGAGUAUUUGUAUUAAAUAAUUCUUGUUUUUUAGGACUUCUGUAGAAAAGUGUAUGGGAUUAGCAUUUUCACUCAUGCAUAUAUGUGCCUGUGCCACAAUUCUAAUAGAUCUCUCCUUUUAUAUGAGGAGUGGCUGUGCUUUUCCAAGGAGCAGCAGUCUUUGAUUGAUCUGCCUUGGAGAAACAGCAAGUUUAACUUUAGGAGGUGAAUGAGCUGUUAAAAGCAAAGCAACAUGCACUCGUUUCUCUGUCAGAUUUGGAAUAAUAAUGAGGUGCUUAAUUGAUCUAAGAAAUCUGAUUUUCAGAUCAAGGAACUGACUAAAGGGAAAAGGAAUUACUGGCUCGUUCUUAUCAAUACCAAACCAAUACUUACUAUGGAUGCUUCACUGUGAACGCGAAGAUGGAGCCCUUGUUUAGAUCUUAUACAUGAAACCUGGGUGUUAAUUUGUAAAAGGUUUUUCUCUGCCUCCAUACAUGAUGAUGAAUUUUUUCUUCCUUUUCAUCUCUGUUCUCGUCUAGAUGGAGUGAACUGUACUCGUGACCGGUUUAAGUCUUUGUGCUCAUGCAUCUUCUAUGAAAGAAGUUUUUCUUGACUACUUCAACCAUGUAAACAUAAGCUGGCUAGCAAUAUAGGCUCUUGACAUGUGGUUUAAGCCCCUUCUCGUAAAGGAAAAAGAAAUAUUUGAUCAUUGAAAGCUGUGUUAGCUGAAAAUGUUUUAAUUUCAGCAUCUGUGGUCAUAAAGUAUCAAUAUUGUGUUCUAAGUUGGCCUUUCGAGGCUAGGAUGGUUUCCUGCCAGUUGAAGAUUCUUCUUGUGGUUUAAAGGAAUGUACAAUGGCAGAAGUUCAACUGCUUCUCGGUCCUUAACCGAGAAGACUCGAAAGAGGAACGAUCACGAAGAAGUGACGCGGCCCCAUCUUUAAUAUUUCCAAAUGGAAGCUGGGCUUGGUCUUUCACCUUAUUUCACUAUUUCUGUGGGUUCCUAUCUUUCCCAGAAGUACUACUGGCUAAGGAAUCAUCAAGAGUUCAAGAUACAUCUCCCUGUAUCAGUGUUAUCUAUUACUUAGUGGUUGAAUGAGGAACCAUAGCAGGUUUCCUCUUGGAAAUUUUGUAUAGACUGAAUUGACAAGGACUAACGAUUUAUCCAUUUGUUC